AUGUCAUUUCUUGAACUGCCCCUUGAAAUUCAGCAACGGAUCCUCUCAAACCUCCUUUCCAACAGCGAUGUGGCUGCACUCUCGAUCCAAUGUCGCGCCCUCCAUUCCAUAAGCGACAUGGCAACGCGCAAAAAGUAUCACCACAUUAGUGUUUGCCGAAGCGAGGAUGGUAUCGAUGCGCCAUUCGGCUUGCUCAUGGAAACAAAGUCCCAGCGUGGCUUGAGCGACGAGGACACGAAGCUUGUGCAGGCAGCAGUUAGAAAAGCCGGGUUUACCGGCCCGGAUGAGCAUCAAGUGGUCAAUAUGCUGAUGCAACGCCUGGAUGGAACAAGCGGAGGGUUUGACGACUGCGGGAGAGAACCUCAAAUUUCAUUUCUAAGCAGAUGGUCUAGCUUGGACAGUGGGGCCAAGCCCCAGGUUACAUUCAUCGCCCAGGCUCUAACUGCUAUUCUCAUCGCGGUAUCUCCAAACCUUGUGUCAAUGGUCAUGGCAGAACCUUUUUGUGGAGGUUAUAAACAUCCAACGGAAGAAUAUCCACUCGCCAAAUUUCUACGCCAGGCCAACUCUGAACCAGAGCGCAAGCCCUACCUUCAAAAUCUUCGCGAUGUAUAUUUUAUUAAUAUCAACAACAGUAACGAGACUGACGAAUUUUGUUAUCAAGAAAUGGAUUUCUACGGCUGCUGCGAUCUAGUUGACAAUCUUCCGUCCAUCGAAUCAGUCAGCGCCGAUCUGGUCGAAGAUGAUCAGCAGACUGGGAAGUCAGAUUUCGUUGAGAAAUGCUCCAACAUCAGCAGAAUUUCUCUUCAUCACUCUUCUGUCACUUCCGUUUACCUUGCGAGGUUGAUAUGGUCAUGCAAGUCCCUCAGGGAAUUUCAAUACUCCAUCGGAGGAAGAUCGUCCAUUGAUGGGGGAUAUCCUAUGGUUAAUCCCAAGACACUUCUCAAGGUGCUAUGUGGGCAUAAGGACACUCUGGAGAUUUUCGAUUUUGACUGCAGGGACGUGAUUCAUUUGCUCGACAAUGGAUCUCGAGUUCAACCAUACGAGACCCCAUUUGAUUCCGGUAUCGACGAGAAAGAGCGCAUAUUUCUCAAAGCAAUAUUGGGGCAUGGUGAGUCGCUGAAGGAAUUUGUGGGCUUGAAACGGCUGAGUGUAGGGAUCGAGUUUUUGUUGUAUCUCGCCAAAGGAGUCAGUGGAGAAUCGGACGAGCAAAGAGAAAUGGUGACUCUGGCGGAAUACCUUCCAGAUAGCCUAGAGUAUCUGUGUGUUCGGGGAUACCAGAGGGGUGUGGACAAUGAACAUGAUGAGCAGAUGAAGGCAUUGAUGGCUUUUUUCAAAACAGAGUCAUCUAAUUUGAAGGAGGUUGUGGGAAUUGAAGAAUCGAUUCCUCAUUCUACCCAUGUGGAUGACAUAGAUGACGAGGAGUCGAUUUGGUCGUUACAGGAAAGGGGUUAUGAGGAAUUUUACAUGUAG